AAUGAACUCAAGUGUCCCACUUGCACCGGAACGGACUCACCCGAAUAUUUCACCGUUCGGGAACACCGAGUUACUGUGUAUGAACAGGUCGGAAAAGGACGAUAGUGCCACUUUUGAUGAAUCUGCGGCCUAUUUUACGGAAUUACACGUUUGGAGAUCUACGGAAUCAUGGAAGAGCCGCAAUUUAUGAAGUCAGUUUUACCUGCGCUAGACUCAUUCACACUUGACGCAGUUGACACAAGUUUGGCAUUACCACCAGAGGGUAAUACAAAGACUCAUUCAAACGACCGGAGUUUUCGUGUUCAGCAACAAGUGCGGCUCACACUUGCUCGUAAGGGCAAAAAGACAACGGCCAGUGGUAAAAUAGUAACGUUAGUUUAACGUGUGUUUACAUUGAGUCUGUAUGAACAAGCAAGGUCUGUAAGAUUAGGCUAUUGAUAUCGCCUCGGGAAUUUGAGGAUGGGGGAAAAUGUUUAGGCAUAGUCUACCAGGGAAACAAGGCGGGUCGAAACCAGAUGCAACCAAAUGGACAUACAGGCCUAGUCAUUGGUGUCAGAUUCUUAGUGACAUUUUAUUUACCAUGACGUUUGCAAUCAUGUCAGCAAACUAUUCUAUUCAAUCUCCUCAAGCCUACUGUAUUUGUAGUCCUCCCCAUUUACCCUUUCCAAUAGGAGAGGGCAAGUGUCCAAAGGGUAAUUAGGGAAUUGGUAAAAUGGCAUGAUCCUUCAGAACACAUGUGGUUUAUCUUUCAGGCAGUCUUCAUCUAUCCAGAAACCCACCAAGUAUCACCGGUUCCAGAGAUGGAAUCUUGUCUAACAUGAAGGUAAGGCCUAUCCUAUAGUAUACACACACAACUCACACACACAACCCAUUAUCCACAGUCACAGGCGCAUUAGCCUCCCAGAAAUUAAUCUGGAGAGCCUGGAUGUUAGAAUUAACAGCUACGUGAUUCAACUCCGGAGCAAGGGACUUCACCCUCCAUGGCAGUCAAGUGCAAUGUGUCUGUAGGAUACAUGAAGUGUUGUUUUUUAAAACUUGAAUUCCAUAUUUAGUGCUUCACUGACAUGAUGAACUUCACAAGAAACAGCAGGAAAAGGAGAUGGUAUCUAUUGCCCUAAAAAAAACUGUGGUCUGCAUUGGUUUUGAAUGUACCGCCCAUAUGGUUUGCAUAAAAACAAAUGGGAUAGUCUCAGGGAUGUGCAGCUAUUAUAAGACCCCAGCCCAUAGUGCAGAGGUGGGUAUCUAACACUAUCUCUAUAAUGUGACAACUGAAGCCUUUCCUUCUGGCACACUUGACAUAUUUAUCGCCCCUUUGUCUGUUCUACCAAACGUUGAAAUUCUAUUAUCUCACAUAGACAAUUGAAUUGAACUGCAUUUUAUUGAAUAAUACCUUUAUGAUUCCCAAAGGAAACCUAAGGUGUGGCUUUCAGUAUAUAAAACGCACAACAGUGGUUAUUCAGACAUCAGAGAGAGCAUUUUGUAUGAUCUUUUUCCCUAAACCUUUUGUGUUGCUUUGAGUCAUCACGACUGUGUCCAAUUAUAUGCAACUGAUUUACACAGAUGUUUUAGCAUUAUUACCAGAAAUCUCUUUAUGGUUGAUUCAGUUGUAAGCCUUCUGAAAUGGGGCAACCGCUGCUUUUAACCUUUCCAUGUAGACACACUCAUCUUUGGGCCAGAUUGGCGGCGUGGACUUCAGCAGCCUGUCGUCUUUGAAGGAGAAUAUAAGAAGACCGUCUAAGAGGGUGGAUUUGACCCCAGUCUCCAGACCUGAGUUACCUCGCUCCCGUCUGGCCUACGGGACACUCAGUUUCGGAACCUACACCCUCCCCGGCCCUAGCCAGCCGCCCAUGAUGGGGACUUCAGUGGAGCGGUCGUACGGGACAGACUUGAUGCGGCGUUAUGCCCAUUCGGAAAUGGCCCGUAGCACAAGGACACACGCCAUGGCUAACAGCGGCAACGACCACUGGGGCCAGUCCCUCAGACAGACUCGAGGUCCUCAGCCCCUCUCGGCAGACCACUCAUUCCUGUGCAGCAGCCCUGCGAUUCGCACCGACAACAGCCCCUACCAGAUGGAGGUUCAAAGGGGGGCAGGGAGACAAACAGGCUACGGGUCAUUCAAUCCUACCCAGAGAGCAGAGGGCCUGGUCUGGCGGGCCCAGGUGGGGAGGGAGAGCCAGGGGCCUGUGGGAGCCAAAUGGCCUCCCUCGUACCCUGCCUCGCUGGUCAGCAUGGAGGUGGACAUGGGCCAGAAGAGGGAGGCGGCGGAGCCAGAGAUCCAGCAGAGAGACGUGAAGGAACUCACUGCACUGUAAGACGGUUUAUGUGUUGCUCUACACAAACCUGUAGUUGAUUAGAUCUGGCAGUUCAUUUAGUUCUCAACAACUCAAAUCAAAUGUUAUUCGUCACAUGCUUUGUAAACAACAGGUGUAGACUAACAGUGAAAUGCUUACUUACGGGCCCUUCCCAACAAUGCAGAGAGAAAGAAAAUAGAGAAAUAAUAGAAAAGUAAUAAAAUGUAAAAGUAAUAAUAAAUACACAAUGAGUAACAAUAACUUGGCUCUACACACAGGGUACCAGUACUGAGUCAAUGUGCAGGGGUACGAGGUAAUUAAGGUAGAUAUGUACAUAUAACUAGGAAUAAAGUGACUAUUUAACAGUCUUAUGGCUUGGGGAUAGAAGCUGUUCAGGGUCCGGUUGGUUCCAGAUUUUUGUGGCUGAUCGAGGCUGGUACUAAAACUAUUGGUUAACUAUAAAAUAGUCUUCCAGACAAUAGAGGUGGUUCAGUUGCUUAUCUGUCAUUUCAGGUCAAUGAUUUACCUAGAUUUUCUAAUAGGUGCAUAUAAAUGAAUACAAUGGAAAGUGUUGUGAGGAUGAGAAAUUGGAUGAAUCAGCUUUUGGGAUUGAUAAAGUGAGUGUGUGUGUGUUUGUCAUUGACAGGAAGUUCCUCUUCAUUGCUCUCUCCCAUACACAGGAAGCCUGAGAGCAAGGUGCCUGAGCUGACAUUGGAGAGGGCAGUGAACCUGCUGGGCCAGGAGAAUGAGGAGAUGCAGAUCACUGCUGCCAGCUUUAUUCAAAACCAAUGUUUCAACAGCGCUGACGCUAGGAAGAUGGUGAGCUGGGGCCCAUCUGUACUCAUGUUGACUUGGCCCCUCAAUUGAGGUUAAAGGCUACCGGGCAGUAGGCCUACACUACAGUUGAUGUUGCCAAUACAGUAUUUUCCCUUCAAUUUAUAUUGAGAUUAUGUGGGUGAUUCACAUGAAAAUUCAAGUUGAGCUCACACUUCAUAGGAAACAAGGGUAGAUGAAUAGCUGUGCCUGUCUGUCCCCAGGUGUUCUACCUCCACGGGAUACCCAAGUUGAUCAAACUGCUGCAGAGCGACAGCGAGGAGCUGGAGCGGAUAGCGGCAGGGGCGCUCCGAAACGUUGUCUUCGAGAGCAGCGAGAACAAGAUGGAGGUGAAGGAUAACGAGGGCGUGGCCCCCGUACUGCGUCUGCUCAGGAGAAGUCGCGACAUAGAGACCCGGCGGCAGCUCACUGGUUAGUUUGAGCACCUCCUCGGGUAGAUCUGAAAGAAAUCGUCGUAGCACUUUAUUAAUGACCAGGGCCCGUAUUCACAAAGUGCCUCAGAGCAGGAGAGCUGAUCUAGGAUCAGUUUAGCCUUUUAAAUCAUAAUGAAUAAGAGGGGGGGACCUGAUCCUAGCACUCCUACUCUGAGAUGCUUUGUGAACAUGUGAUUUACAUGAAAUUAUGUGAUAAAAUGUAAUGACUGUAGUAACCUAAGAAUGAAACAUGUUCCACAGGGCUGUUGUGGAACCUAUCCUCCCAUGACCUGCUGAAGGAGCAUCUCUCCAAAGAGGCCCUGGAGAUCCUGACCACCUCUGUCCUGGUGCCCUGCUCAGGCCUGUCUGAGGGGGAGAACCCCAAAGACGGCAUGCUGGCUGACCCAGACACCUUUUACAACGCCACUGGCUGCCUCCGGUAGGUUGUCUGGUCUGGACACAGGUGUUUAUUGGCCAUUUGUGAUUUUGGCACCGACCUAUGUAGUAUCUGUGAUCAAGCAUUUCUAGUGAUCCAUCUUAGGGCAGCCUGGGAUGCAGAAAGGGGUAUAGUAGUUAUGUUUGGAAUGAUCAUGAAAUCAUUUCUUGAUUGAUGGUCCUCUGUAGCUUAGUUGGUAAAGCAUAGUGUUUUUCAAUGCCAGGAUAGUGGGUUCGAUUCCCGGGUCCACCCGUACGUAAAAUGUAUGCAUGCAUGACUGAAAGUCGCUUUGGAUAAAAGAGUCUGCUAAAUGGUAUACAGUGCCUUCAGAAGGUAUUCACACCCCUUGACUUUUUCCACAUUUUGUUGUGUUACAAAGUGGGAUUCAAAUGGAUUUAAUUUAGAAAAAAUUGUCAAUGAUCUACACAAAAUACUCAUGUCAAAGUAGAAUAAUUUAUUAAAUUUUUUUAAAUUACACUAUAAAACACUGAUGUACCUUUAUUAGAUAAGUAUUCAACCCCCUGGGUCAAUACAUGUUAGAAUCACCUUUGGCAGUGAUUACAGCUGUGAGUCUUUCUCUGUAAGUCUCUUAAGAGCUUUGCACACCUGGAUUGUACAAUAUUUGCCCAUUAUUCAUUUAAAAAUGAUUCAAGCUCUGUCAAAUUGGUUGUUGAUGAUUGCUAGACAGCCAUUUUCAAGACUCGCCAUAGAUUUUCAAGCCGAUUUAAGUCAGAACUGUAACUAGGCCACUCAGGAACAUUCAAUAUCAUCUUAUAAGCAACUCCAGUGUAUAUUUGGCCUUGUGUUUUAGGUAAUUGUCCUGCUGAAAGGUGAAUUUGUCUCUGGGUCUGUUGGAAAGCUGACAACCAAGUUUUCCUCUAGGAUUUUGCCUAUGCUUAGCUCUAUUCCGUUUAUUUUUAUCCUAAAAAACUCCCUAGUCCUUGCCAAUGACAAGCAUAUUGAUAAGAUGAUGCAGCCACCACCAUGCUUUAAAAUAUGAUGAGUGGUAGUCAGUGAGUGUUUGAUUUGCCCCAAACAUAACACUUUGUAUUCAGGACAAAGAGUUCAUUUCUUUGCCACAUUUUUUGCAGUAUUACUUUAGUGCCUUAUUGCACACAGGAUACAAUAUUCUUAUUCUGUACAGGCUUCCUUCUUUUCACUCUGUCAAUUAUGUUAGUAUUGUGGAGUAACUACAAUGUUAUUGAUCUUCAGUUAUCCUACCAUAGCCAUUGAACUCUAUAACUGUUUAAAGUCACCAUUGGCCUCAUGGUGAAAUCCCUGAGCGGUUUCCUUCCUCUCUGGCAACUGAGUUAGGAACGGCGCCUGUAUCGUUGUAGUGGCUGGAUGUAUUGAUACACCAUCCAAAGUGUAAUUAAUAACUUCACCAUGCUCAAAGGGAUAUUCAAUGUCUGCUUUUUUUUUUUUUUUUUACACAUCUACCUUCUUUGCAAACCAUUGGCAAAAAAAACAACCUUCCUGGUCUUUGUGGUUGAAUCUGUGCUUGAAAUUCACUGUUAGACUGAGGGACUUUACAGAUAAUUGUAUGUGUGGGGUACAGAGAUGACAUAGUCAUUUAAAAAUCAUGUUAAACACUAUUAUUGCACACAGAGUGAGUCCAUUCAACUUUAUAAUGUGACUUAAGCAAAAUUUUACUCUUGAAUUUAUUUAGGCUUGCCAUAACAAAAGGGUUGAAUACUUAUUGACUCAAGACAUUUCAGCUUUUCAUUUUUAGUUAAUUUGUAAACAUUUCUAAAAACAUAAUUCCACUUUAACAUUAUGGGGUAUUGUGUGUAGAUCAGUGACACAAUCUCAAUUUAAUCCAUUUAAAAUGUAGUCUGUAACCAACAAAAUGUGAAAAAAUUCAAGGGGUGUGAAUACUUUCUGAAGGCACUGAUGAUGAUUAUUAUUAUUAUUAUACGGUGAUCCAGACGGUUCAUGUGCAAUCCAUCUCUCACCACAGUGUUACAUCUCACAAGGCUUUGUCAAGCAUUUUAUAUUUAUCUCUGACAGCCUCCUCGCCAUGAGUGAGAACUGUGAGGUUCCUCAAAGGCCAUUGUCAUCCUGUUACUCCUUUCCACCUGACAAAACAGGCAUGAUGACUUCUGCCUAGUCAGCAUCACCUCGAUGGAGCAGUAAUGCGCUGGAAACAAUAUCCUGCAUACCUUGCGUUCCUAUUGAACCGGCGGCGAUUGAUUUGGUUUGGCACAGAUAUAGCACCUGACAAACACAACAUGGUAUUACAAGGAGUGUUUCGCUUUUGCCUAGCAUCCGAUACGACUGAAAACAGUCAGGGACUAAAUUAUUAACGGAGCCCUCUCCCUCUUAGUGGCUCUAGUAGAAUUGAAACCUCAGAAUCCAUAUUGGCUGGUGCUAUCAAGCCCUGGCAACCGUUGACUUGUGGAACUCUGAGGAAUUCCACAGUCUUUUGCCUGAUUUAAAAUGAAAACACACGACACUCCAACUCACAGCCAUAACCUUGGGGCAUCACUCAUGUUACUGUAUUUGGCUUGACGUUAAGAAAAAGGCUGCAGAAUUUUCUAUAUAUUUGAGUGACUUUUUCAGAUAAAUGCCCAUGGUUUUAGGAAUAAAAAAUGACCAUGUGGUCACAUGUAUUGAGGCAACUGUCAUGUGUUUUUUCUCUGUGCUGACUUCAUCUAAAAGGAAGUGGAACAGUUGACUCAUUGACAAGUGGUUGAAAUUAAAGUGAAAUAUUAACUCAUGUUACUCAUUUGUUUAUGUUUCCUUUGUGCUUGAAACACACGUUGCUAUCUCUCAACACAUAGAAGAGACGUUUUAUUACAUUGACCUAUUCUAAUGGCUUUAACUGCAGAUAACCAGAAAACCUUGGUAAAGUACACCAAAUAUCUCUAGCUACAUAAACAUUUGGCUCAUCUGGCCAACAGCUGGAAUAGAUAUUUAGCCAGUUUGGCCAAUGUCUGGAAUGCAAAGAAUGCUUUUGUUGUUGCCUAGUGGCAAUAAUGACAACCUGUCAUUGUUGUUGUCAGAAACAUAAGCUCAGCUGGUCCAGAUGGGAGAAAAGCCAUGCGGCAGUGUGAGAACCUUAUUGACUCACUGGUAUACUACAUCCGGGGAACCAUAGCCGACUACAAGCCUGAUGACAAGGUAAUGCAUGUGAAUGACUAAAGUAACAUUUACUAAGCUUUUGUGCAAAAUGUUCACUUGUUUCUUUUUGUACAAGCAUUACUUAACAUUUGUAGGUGGAAUAAAUAUUGACAGGGAAAUGCUUAAAUAAGACUGGUUGUUUUUGCCCAUAUUUUAUCAACUUAUGUCUCUUUAGAACAACUUAUUAAUCUGGCCUUUAGUGUUAAAUAUCAAGAAAACAACAUCAUGAACCAGCUCUGCUCUACAAUUAAUUGUUUGGCAAUGGACAUCUGCAGAAAGUUUGAUCUUAAAAUCAUAGGCAAUCACCAAUCUGGUCCCCUGAACAGAACCACUUCUCUCCUCUACAGUCCACAGAGAACUGUGUGUGCAUCCUACACAACCUCUCCUACCAGAUGGUGGUGGAUCUUCCACAGAAGUACACCAGCGAGCUCCAUGAGUCUCGACUCAACCUGGCUCCAAAGACCAAGACCCCCGGCUGUUUCGGCUCCCGCAGUGCCAAAAUCAUCCAGGUAGGCUCCCAUGACCUCUAUGUUGUGGCUGUUAUCUUCUUUGUUGCCCUUAUCAUGUACUUGAAAGCCACUGUUUCUAUCUGGUUAUAAAUAAGUUACUACCACUAAAGGAAAUGAGCAAUGCCUGUGUUAUGGAUAAGCCGCCUUGGUAAGUGAGAAAGCAUACAUUUUGAACUAACUCUUUUUAAGCCCAGUUUUCUUUGACAAAUGUAUUUGUUAAAAGCUUUAUACACGUUGAUUGAAAUGUACUAUGCAACCUGGAAUCUGGAAGUUAACUUUGAAUUAAAGGGCCUGUUUUCUGGUUGUUUUUGUCCUAUAGCGUCUUGAUCCAAAGUGCCCUCUGCUGGAGGAGAAGGGUAGUCCCUGUGGGAUAGAGUGGCUGUGGAGCGCCAUCACGGUGCGCAUGUACCUGUCAAUCAUGGCCCGCAGCAUCCGUCCCUACACCCAGGAGGCUGCCAUCGGAGCCCUGCAGAACAUCACAGCUGGGAACGGCCUGGUACGGCUAUAUCACAAAUCUAUGAUCCUAUUUCUAUGGGCUAUGUACUGUUCUGGGAGUGUAGAAUUUAAUUUCCCAUGGGUUUGAUUUGUAUCAGUCUAACCCUCGUACUGCUCCUUUGAGGGAAUAACUACAAUACAGCCACACAUCUAUUAAAUUGUCAUGACUUGACUGUAUAGAAAGUAUUACAUUGAUGUGACUACUAUAUUGUGCAUUACUAUAUUGACUGUCAGUUGGUGAUGAUGUUGGUCUCGUGUAGCUCAGUUGGUAGAGCAUGGCGCUUGCAACGCCAGGGUUGUGGGUUCGAUUCCCACGGGGGACCAGUAUGAAAAUGUAUGCACUCACUAACUGUAAGUCACUCUGGAUAAGAGCGUCUGCUAAAUGACUAAAAUGUAAAUGUAAAAAUGGCUCUGUAUGUGCAGGUAUCCAAGGCCAUCGCCCACACCAUAGUACAGCGGGAGAAUGGUCUUCUCCAGGCCAGGAAGAUGCUCCAGGAAGGAGAGAGGGAUGUGCAGAAGACUGCUGUGUCCCUGCUAAGUAACAUCUCACGCUACAGAGAGCUUCACGCUGACAUUGGUGAGCUGUGAAUUGACUCAUCAACCGCAAUGUUUUAGUCCUACAUAAGUCCCAAAAAAGUAUAUUCCUUUGGGACUUGUAAGUAUAUAAAAGCACAGAAGCAUAAAAACCUGCCGCUGUAGAAAAUCAAACAAUCUCUCACAAAGCAUUCCACUCUCUCUGUAGUCAAACAGGUGUUGCCACAGCUGGUGGUCAUGUUGCCCAACUCAGACACGGGCACAGACCUGCCUCCAGAGGUGACCGUGUCCCUGUGCCACAUCCUCAUCAACCUGAGCCAGGACGAGACGCAGCACGUCAGGGCCAUCGUCAACCACGGUUCGCUGCCCAAGAUCAUCAACAUCAGCGCAAAGGACAACGGGUCAGUGGGUAGCUUCUGAAGACCAUGGCUGUGUUCCAGGCUGACUACAUUGCCUGGAUAGAUGUUUAACAUAUCAACUAACCACAUAUGAUAUACUGUACGUAGCAAUCUGAUGCCAGACUGCGCCGUCGAUGACGUGGCACUGUUGGUUGAUGCUAUGCAAAGACUGCAGAUGGCCUUAAUAUGCACUGUAUUAUUCCUGAACAUUAUGAGUUUCUUUUCAUCUGUCAAACCUCUUCUACUUGCUUUAUGCUUUUCCUUUUAUGUCCAAUGACUGUAAGCUUGUGUCCCUUUAGGUUUGGUCCCACCAGGGCUGGCCAGGCAGCCUGCAUCCUACUACACAGCAUGUGGAGCCACUCAGAGCUCCACGGGGCCUAUAGGAAGGUGAGGCCCCUACACAGUAUAACCUCAAGGAUAAGAAACAUGUGGUGACAAUAGUUGUUCAUUCAUCUAAUGUGUUGCUUUUCCUCUCAUCCUUUGGUAGGCUGGAUAUAGGAAAGCAGACUUCGUCAACAGCAGGACAUCAAAGGCUGUAAAUUCAAUACGGGACUAAGCGGAGGAUCACAACGCAUUGUGCUGAUUGAGGCAAUAGUGUAGUUUAUCUUCUGUAUGGAUUUAGAUGACUCAAUUCACUGCUUUAUAAAAUACAUGAUUUGUGUGUCUACCUCUCCACAGUGUGAGAUGUUACGUUUAUUUUGUGUGUGUGUGUGAGCCUGUUCCAGUGACACCAAUUGCUGCAAGCUCUUGGUAGCAGACCAAGUUCUCAACGAUGGAAAAAAAUUAUUAAAAACAAAACUGAUGGAGGAUCAGCAAAGACUUGAAUUACAUUUGAAGGAAGGAUUUUGAGGAAGAAAAUGAAUCAGCAUAGAAGUGGAAGACAAGAUAAGGAUACAAUUAUGACAUGUAUGUUAGUUUAAUGAAUGUCAUAACUUAAGUUGUAAAAUAUAGUUGUGAUGUUAACAUAGUUGGGGUUGUAAACAAUAUUAAAUUACUACCUGUAGGUCUAUUAAAAAUGUCUACAAUCAUAGAUUUUUUUUUUUUUGGGGGGGGGGGGGUCAAUCAAAAACAGGGCCAAGAACGUUUCCGGAUAGAAAUGCUAUGAAUAUUUAAGACAUGUUUGCUUAUUCUACAUGUCAAAGGGCAUGUUUGUUCUACAUAGCAGAUUUCUAUCUGAAUGUAACAAUGUGGUGUGAUAUCUCUGUAAUGCA